AUGGAUCAACCAGGCGAGAAUCAAUCAGGUAUGACACAGCCAGAUGUAAGCCAACUAGGCCUGAAUCCACACAACAUGCAACAACCAGGGCCAAGCCAAUCAUACACUAACCAGCCAAGCAUGGACCAACCAGGUAUGAACAAACCAGAUGUGACAAGAUCAGGCUCAAGCCAAACAGAUAUAAACCAACCAGGCCUGAGUCAACCCAAUGUGAAACAACAAUGGUCAAGCACGAACCAACCAGGCACGUACAAAACAGACCUGAGCCAACCAAGUAUGAGGGAGUCAGACUCAAGACAAAUGGGUAUGAAACAACUAAGUGCAAAUCAACCAGGUAUGAACCAAACAGGCAUGAGCCAAGCAGGCGUGUGGCAGCCAGGCCCACCCACUCACAAUGUGAAACAAGUAAACACAUGGCAAUGGGACCCAGAGUACUCAGGCAGGGGACCACCAAACAUGUGGCAAGUAACCCAAAGUAAUCAGGGAACAAGACAAUCAGAUACAGAACAAGACUCAAGCUAUGCAGGACAGAAACAACCAGAUACAUGGAAACAGGACCUAAGUUAUCCAGAAAUGAGAGAAACAGAUUCAUGGCAAUGGAGGGCAAGCCCUCCAUGUGUGAGACAAACAGAUACAUGGCAAUGGAGCUCAGACCACCCAGACAGCAAGCAAUCAAAUUCAUGGCAACCACAACUAAAUCACUCAUCCACCAGACAAUUUGACUUGAGACAAGGAGGUCCCAUUGAACUAGGUAUGAAGCAAUCUGAUACAUGGCAACCAGUCCCUAGUCCGCAAGGCAAGAGACAUUCAAAUUCAGGGCAACAGGGCCCUAGCCAACAAACUACUAGACAUUCAGUCACAUGGCAAGCAGGUCCUACCCCACUUGGAAAGAAAUUGUCAGGUACAUGGCAAGCGGGCCUCAACCAACCAGGUAUGGAGCAGUUGAAUACAUGUCCAACAGGCUUCAGCCAACAGUACAGCAGGUAUCAAUCAGGCCCCAGCCAAUCAAGCAUGAAAGAGUUAGACACGUGGCAAUCAGGUACCAGCCAACCAGACAUGAAAGAUGUGGAUGUAUGGCAAUCAAGCACCAGCCAACCAGGCAUGCAACAGAUGGAUCCAUGGCAAUGGGACCCCAACUAUGCAGGCAAGACACAAUCAGACAAAUGGCCACCAGGCCCCAGCCCUCUGGAGAUGAGACAAUUGUAUUCACGGCAACCAGGCCAUCCUGGCAUGAAAUAUUCAGACUCAGGGCCAUGGGAUCUACUCCACUCAGAUAUGAGGCAAUCAGAUUUAUGGCACCUAAGCCCCUGGCAAUUAGGCACAAGACAAUUUGAUACAUGGCAACAAAAUCCCUACAUGCCUGGUGUAAGACAAUUAUAUACAUGGCAACCAACCCCAAGUUGCUCAGGCACAAGACAACCAGAAAAGUGGCAACACUGCCCUAACAACUCACACAUGAAACAAUCAGAUAAUUGGGAAACAGUGCCAAGACAAUCAGGAACCACUCAAUUAGGCACAUACCAAUCAGACACAAACCAACUUGAUGGCACCCAAUCAAGCCAAGAAAAAAAGACACAAUCAGAUAAAUCGGAACCAAGUCCAAGUAAACCAGAGAUGAAAGGUGGUUUAUUAGACAGUAGUCAAUCAGACUCAAGUCAACUAAGCAUAAUCCAACCAGAUGCAAGUCAUUUAGAGCCAGGUGAAUCAAGCAUGAGUGAUUUAAAUGAAAGUCAGCAAAAAAUGAAACAAUCGGCCAUGAAAAAAAAAAAUUCUUGUUCUUUCCACAUAAGACCUGCUGAGCCUAAAGACUGCCCAGAUAUCCUGAGAUUGAUUAAAGAACUGGCUUUCUGUGAAGGCAUGCAAGAAAAAGUGUCAUUAACAGAGCUGGAUUUAUUCAGGGAUGGUUUUGGGGACAAACCACUUUUCUACUGCCUUAUUGCUGAAGCACCCAGUAAACAAACAGAAUCAGGAGUAAGAACUAUUGGAUUUGCCAUGUACUACUUCACUUAUGACCCACGGAUUGGCAAACUGCUUCACCUAGAGGAUUUUUAUAUCACUGAAGAAUAUCAAGGUCUAGGUAUUGGGGCUGACAUGCUGAAGAAGCUAAGUCAGAUAGCCAUCAACACUGAAUGUUGUGGCAUGCAGUUUCUUGUCAUCAUUUGGAAUCAGGAUUCUGUUGAGUACUACACUCGCCUAGGGGCUUUAGACCUUUCCUGUGAGGAAGGCUGGCAUUUGUUCAGAUUUAACAUGGAAGAUCUCCUGGAACUUGCAGAGGAAGAAUGAAAACAAAAAAUAAAAAACGCAACAAAAAAUCCCAAAAUGGGCCUCAACAUUUGAAUGUCACCUGAGAAACAUCACUUUGACAUCAAAUGUUAUAAAAUAAAGCAAGUGAAC